AUGAAGGGUUCAGUCUUUGCGGCCGCGGCCAUGGUCGGAUCUGCCAUGGCCGACGGUCACCUCCACCGUCGCCACGAGGCUCUUCACCAGCGCCGUGAUGCUUCAUCCAGCGCCUCCGCUGUCACCUCUUCGGUCCCCGCUCUCGAAACCGAGGAGGCUUGUGGUUGCAUCACCAAGGUCAUCACCUACCUGGGUUCGCCCACUCUGGUUCCCAUCCAGACUCCCACUUCGGCUCCCGAGUCGACUUCGACCCUGACCAGCACGGUUCACUCGACCAGCACCGCUACUAGCACCGUGACUGUGACCCCCUCGACAUCGUCGACCGUCACCGUGUCGCUGCCCACCAACGGUGUUACCAGCUUCUCCUCCACUGGUACCUACACCAUCCCGGCCACCACCUUGACCGUGACCGACACCACCACCGUCUGCGGUGCUACCAGCACCGAGGUCCCCAGCGGUACUCACACCAUCGGUGGUGUGACCACCAUUGUCGAGACUGGCACCGUCGUGACCUGCCCCUACGCCACCGUCAAGCCCACCGGUACCACCGUCACCAGCAUCAUCGAGUACACCACUUACACCUGCCCCGUGGCCGGUACCUACACCGUCGUGCCCGGUACCGUCACCUCUGUGCCUUCCGCUACCACCAUUGUUUACCCCACUCCCUCGACCAUCACCCCGGGUACCUACACUAAGCCCGAGACCACCAUCACAGCCACCGUCACUGACACCACCUACUACUGCCCCUUCGCCACCAGCACCGGUCUGCCUUCCUCCACCGCUGUUGCCAGCUCGCCCGCUCCCGUUGAGACCACCGCUGCUCCCACCAGCGUUGCUCCCACCAGCAGCACCUCCACCGCCAAGGCUACUAGCACCGCAACCACCGGCAGCGGCCUGACCGGCAGCGGCCAGUGGGGUAUGACCUUCUCUCCCUACACCGAGAGCGGCAACUGCAUGACCCAGGCCGAGGUCACCAAGAACAUUCAGACCAUCAAGGACAAGGGCUUCAACCUGGUCCGUGUUUACUCCACCGACUGCAAUGGUCUCGAGUACAUCGGCUCCGCCUGCAAGUCCCUCGGCGUGAAGAUGAUCCUCGGUGUCUACAUCGAGGCCUCCGGUGUCUCGGGCGCUCAGGAGCAGGUCGAGGCCAUCAACAAGUGGGCCCAGUGGGAGAUGGUCGAGCUGCUCGUCGUCGGUAACGAGGCCAUCUCCUCCGGCUACGUCUCCGCAUCCCAGCUGGCUUCCUUCAUCACCUCCUCCAAGUCCGCCUUCGCCGCCGCCGGCUACACCGGUCAGGUCACUACCGCCGAGCCCAUCGACAUCUGGCAGGAGCACGGUGUCUCCAACCUGUGCUCCCCCGUCGACCUGGUCGGUGUCAACAUCCACCCCUUCUUCAACGCCCAGACCACCGCCGAGCAGGCCGGUGAGUUCGCCUUGAGCGAGUACCACAUCCUCGAGAAGAUCUGUGGCAAGGACGUCGUUAACCUCGAGACCGGCUGGCCCAACGCUGGUGACGCUAACGGUGCCGCUGUUCCCGGUCCCGCCGAGCAGCGGACCGCCAUCAAAGCCAUUGCCAAGGCCCUCGGCUCCAAGUCUAUCUUCUUCUCCUAUGCCAACGACGACUGGAAGGCCCCUGGCGAGUUCGGCGUCGAGCAGCACUGGGGCUGCGCCGAUGUCUUCUAA